GCGUGAUAACAGAUGCGAUGAUGACUCCCUUUACUUAGGAACUCCUGAUAUACCUCCUACAUAAUCCAUACCUUGCAUUAGGCUGUGUCACCCCAAUUGGAGUAUUUAUCGGUGUAUUGGUGACAUUUACUAAGUACUUUCCGAUUGCCCUGUCACUUCGGCACCUUGGUCUUCAUGUCGCUGUUUGUAGGACCUCCUGAUUCCAUCAAGUCCUCCAAGCUUCGUUCAGGGUCAGAUUAUGGAUUCAUACAAUUGUAUGCAAAAUACAUUUAUUUGGCCUUUUCCAAGUCAAAGCUGAUCGAAGCCCAAUAAUUUCCCAAAGGUCGUUAAAUCCUCUAAGAUGGCUAAGCCUGAGCGUGUCUUGCGUCUUUCGGGGUCGUACCAUCGCAAGGAUGGUGUUUCCGAAGAGGAGUUUCACCGAUUCUCCAGGCAUCAUGCUGUUGCAUGCGCCAAAAUCCAUCAGAAAUAUGGAAUUUUGAAAUAUCAGAUCGCCUAUAGUUCUUCCAGCGCUCAAGAGCUAGCGAAAAGCAUGAAAACUCCAUACAAAGUCAAUGACCACGAUCUGGAGAUUGAAUACUACUUCAAGGACGUUGCGACCCUUCUCGCCGUAUCUGCCGACCAAGAGUUCAAGGAUCUCCACCUCGAGUCCGAACCUUAUGUUCGUCAUGAUACCGCGACCGUCACCCUGACCUGGAUCGAAGUAUACUUGGAGGAUGGCAAAGUGGUGAACGUUAGUCCGGAAGGGGAGAGCCUUUUCCCAUCUUUCGCUGAGCUGUCAGACAUCAAGAUAACCGAAGAGUCUGUCGCCAAAUACUACGAGCAGUGAGGAUAUGCCCAUUCAAUUGUAUCAGAUGGAAUAAAAUCGAGUAGAGCUCUUAAAUCGUCUAUAUAUUCAUGCUAUGGACAGUAAGAAGCUUCUUUUUAGCAUUCAAUGUGACGCUGGAGUAACGUUAUGGCCUGCCGCCUACAACAUUAUUUCUCUUGACUUGCUAUAUACGAUGUAUAUUAGAGGUAGCUACCUCGGUCCUCCGGCAACAUCCAAGUAGGUACGCCCGUGUCUCAAAUCAAGUAGAAUAUGUACCAGUAUUCUAGCAAUAAAGGAACACAUUGUAAGUUA